AUGGGUGCCAAUGCAUCCAGCUACUCGCACUCAUGCUCCCCUCGUAUAGGGGGAAACACACAGAUACAGCAGACCUUCAUAGGUAAGUUCUCAAUGUUCUUACUUCACCAUAAUACUCUAGUGUAUGUAUCUUGAAAGUCCUCACUGGGACAUGUGUAGAUCAUCAGUGACCUCAACAGACCUUCAUGGCAAGGAUAUGAACAUAGAUAAAUUAUAUGCUUAAAAUGUGAUGCAUGAUACAGGAAUGUGCAAGUCAUUGUGGAGGGUGGUUGGUUGGAGUUUCUUUUCAGUUCCAGUGUAACAUUUCAAUCAGCAACUGAUUUAGGUUCUCAUUUUUACAAGAAGAGUUCUGUCAGUCUUGACUUAUGAAAUGAAAGUCACCAUUUAUGAGUGGCUGCUUAUUAAUUUAUUUAGAGAGUAGUUUUUGUCUGCUUAACGAAAACCCCCAGGCUUUUAUACACGUUUCUUGUCUGUAGUCCCAGCUCAGGGAGAUUUGAUUGGGUUGAAAGCCCUGUAGAUUGCAAAAAAUAUCAGGAUGGCUUCACAGUUCUAACGUUUGUUGGUUGUAAGCUUGGCUGUGCAGGCGUAGACGGAGGAUGAGUCACAAUAUUAGAAUUACUAUUAUGUGGGUCACAGUGAUGGAUGCUCAGGGAAGGAAGGGCAGAGAGAGACUUUUCUAUUUGGCAGUGCUGCCUCUGAUGCGAGUCCCCUCUCUCCAGCCAAACAUCACUGAUAUUCGGGGUAGUUCAUUAGUGUAUGGGUGGUCAAGUGCAUUGCAGAAGACUACAGGGGAAGGGGGACUUUCCUACCCCCCCAAACUGACACAAUACAAAACGUUUUAGUCCAUGUUUAACUUCCUGUUGCCGUCUAAUUCCAACCAAACCUUAAUCAAAGUCAGAUAAUGAUGGCCUGUUCCUUUCUUAACAGAGAGUUGAAUUAUCUGUGAAAUGAGAGACAUGAGGCCCUAGAUCAUGGGAGAGCCAAGCACGCUGUGGGGGACCUAGAGCAGAGUGGUGUGUCUGGACAGUCUUAACAGGUCACAUGACUGGGCUAGGAGAAAAGACAGAUUGGGUUUCCUAGGGUCAUGCUUUCAGACUAGAAAUGGAAAACUCUAAAUGCUAUCAAGCCAGAGGAAUUGACUGCAUUUAGAAAACAGCUGUGGAAAAACAAGAUACAUGUAUCAUAUGAAUAAAAUCCUAGCAUAACUUAUUUCCCUGUUCAGAAAUAACCACGACAUUUGAACCAGCUGACCUCUGUGUUAUGUUAUGUUAUGUGUGUGUUGCAGGGACGUCGUCAUACUCCCAGCAGGGCUAUGGCUGGGAGUCCAAGCUGUACAGCCUGGAGCAGGGUCACGACAAGCCCCAUGACAGGAAGAAGAAGAGCCUGGGUCUGGCCACUCUCAAGAGGAGGUUCAUCAAGCGCCGUAAGUCCAGCCGUUCUGCAGACCAUGCCCGCCAGAUGAAGGAGCUCCUGUCGGGGUGGGAUGUGCGUGAUGCCAACGCCCUAGUGGAGGAGUAUGAGGGCACAGCCUCCCUCAAAGAGCUGAGCUUUCAUGCCAGCUUAGCGCGGGCCAAGGCACCCAGCCUACAGCGUGACCUGGCUGCCCUUUACCAGCACAAGUACUGCACCGACGUGGACCUCAUCUUCCAGGACUCCUGUUUCCCCGCCCACCGCGCCGUGCUGGCUUCCCGCUGCCCCUUCUUCAAGACCCUACUGUCCUCCUCUCCAGGGUACGGCGCUGAGGUCCUUAUGGACAUUGAGACGGUGGGCAUCGAUGUGCCCAUGUUCUCUGCACUACUGCACUACCUGUACACAGGGGAGUUUGGGGUGGGUGGGGUGGAGGACUCCAGGCUGCAGAACGUGGACGUGCUGGUGCAACUGAGCAAGGAGUUUGGCACGCCCAACUCCCUGGAGGCAGACAUGAGAGGGCUAUUUGACUACAUGUGUUACUACGACGCCCUACUCAGCUUCUCUUCCGACGCGGAGCUGGUGGAGGCCUACAGCAGUGGGGGGGCUGGAGGGGGUGUUGCCACAGGGGGCUGCCGGGGGCUGGGUUCCCCAGACGAGGACCUGAGGGCCCAUAAGGCCGUGCUCUCGGCCCGCUCACCCUUUUUCCGGAACCUUCUGCAGCGGCGCAUCCGCACGGGGGAGGAGAUGACGGAGCGCACGCUGCAGACACCCACACGCAUCGUGCUGGACGAGUCCAUCAUCCCGCGGAAGUAUGUGCGGGUCAUCCUUCACUGCAUGUACACGGAUGUGGUGGAGCUGGGGCUGGUGCUGAGGGGGAGCCCCUCGGCCGGUAGCCUGGGGGAGGUGCAGGUCCUGGUGGCAGGGGGCAGGGGAGGAGCCAGCACCCGCACUGAGGAGGCCAUGGAGCUCUACCACAUCGCGCUCUUCCUUGAGUUCAGCAUGCUGGCACAAGGUAAGCUAUAGUACCAACCAUCCCUGUCCUGUCCACAGUCACACUCCAGCUCAGAGUAGAUAUGAAUGAAUGGUUCUCAAUAGAGAGCUGGUGUUCACAUUCAGCCUGGGGGUACAUGUCGAGGUCAUCCCAGAUACCUUUAUAAUCUGUUCAGUGUGUGUAGAUGAAUGGUAGUCUGGGAGACUGCCUGUAUCAGCUAGUGAGAAUAUGCUUCAAUGGUUUAAAUAAUUUAAAUCAGGUCUGCCAAGGUGGAUAAAUGGGAUGCAUCAUGAAUUUGAAAGUCAAUCUUUCAUGCAAAGAGUGUUAUUUUAAUGGCGUUGGUGUCCCUGUGGUAUUGCCCUUAGCUUUGUGACAGUAUAGGUCUGACUGGGGAUGGAUAUCCUCAUAUAACUGCAUCUCUGCAUACUGAAAUCUAUCAUAGGUUAGCAGGGCAGGAGUGUGAGCCAACAUCAAGGCUUUAAUGUAGACUGAGCAUUGGCACAACUGCAAAAGCUAUCUCAAUGUAUCUUUCUAUCCCUAUAAUCUCUGUCCCUCUCUUCUGAGGGACCUGAGUUCCUAUCAGUUUGGACCUAGUAUCUAGGUGUGUGGCAAUAUGAAACUAUUUGGUCUGUAAGUAGGCAGCAUGUGAAAAUGUAUAUGUAUGUGUGGGCCUAACCAUAAAGUAGCGCAGUGCCUCCACCUAGUAAGUAAUAUAUCCCUAAAGAAUAUAUAGUUGACCCACUAGGAGAUAUGCCCACACAGUAUAUAGAACUACACACCAAACAAGAAUUGAAGUUAUGAGUUAUGAAGACAUGUCAGUGUAAUCGCAAUAAAAUCAGUCUCAAUAGAAAGCUCAAACUGGAAUCAUAUGUAACCCAACAAUUAUUAUUUAACACAUUUCAAUACUCAAAUAAGUCACAGAUAUACACUUAUUUAGGAAGGACCUGGUACCAGGGUUUAAUACCGAAAAGCGCUCAUUUUAUACAAUGGGGAUCCCCUUCAAACCAAUAAAAGAAAUAGCAAAGUAAUUAGUCCCCAAUCCAAUGAAACUCACGGUCCGGAAUCCAGGUCACCUGUGCGUGACUGAUGAGAAGCGCACCAGUGCAAACAGUCCAAUGGGCCUGUCACUCAGAGCUCAGUCUCUCACAUCAUCUCCAACGGUCGAGCCUCCGAGCGGGAGGAGAGCAAAAACAGAGGUCUUCCGAUGCCAGUAGAACCCGAAUAAAAAAAUAUAUAUAUAUCUUACGCCGUCCUCACGUGGUCGGGAUGCAGGGCUAACCGUUCAUUACUGGGGUUACUCAGACCGAGUUCAACUAACUUUCAAAACAAUAAAACCAUUACAGUGCCUUCAGAAAGUAUUUUGUUGUGUUACAGCCUGAAUUUAAAAUGAAUUAAAUUUAGAUUUUGUGUCACUGGCCUACACACUGGCCUACCCCCAUUUUUAAAAACAUAUUAAUAGAAAAUGAAAAGCUGAAAUGUGUUGAGUCAAUAAGUAUUCAACCCCUUUGUUAUGGCAAGCCUAAAUAAGUUCAGGAGUAAAAAUGUGCUUAAGUCACAAUAAUUUGCAUGGAUUCACUCUGUGUGCAAUAAUAGUGUUUAACAUAAUUUUAUUUAUGUCUACCUCAUCUCUGUACCCCACUCAUACAAUUAUCUGUAAAGUCCCUCAGUUGAGCAGUGAAUUUCAAACAUAGAUUCAACCACAAAGAAGGGCACCUAUUGUUAGAUUGGUAAAAAAUAAAAAGCAGACAUUGGAUAUCCCUUUGAGCAUGGUGAAGUUAUUAAUUACACUUUAGAUGGUGUAUCAAUACACCCAGUCACUACAAAGAUACAGGCGUCCUUCCUAACUCAGUUGCCAGAGAGGAAGGAAACUGCUUAGGGAUUUCACCAUGAGGUCAAUGGUGACUUUAAAACAGAGUUUAAUGCUGUGAUGGAGGGGAAAACUGAGGAUGGAUCAACAACAGAAGGAAGCCUGUACAGAAUAAACAUAUUCCAAAACAUGCAUCCUGUUUGCAAUAAGGCACUAAAGUAAAACUGCAAAAAUUGUGGCAAAGAAAUUAACUAGGGAGAACUAGGUUUUUGGGGGGAUAAAAAUACAUGGAAUUGCUAAGCACAGGAAAAAUCCUAGAGGAAAACCUGGUUGUCUGCUUUCCAAUAGAAACUGGGAGUAAAAUUCACCUUUCAGCAGGACAAUAACCUAAAACACAAGGCCAAAUAAACACAGGAGUUGCUUACCAAGAUGACAUUGAAUGUUCCUGAGUUGCCUAGUUACAGUUUUGACUACAAUCGGCUUAAAAAUCUAUGGCAAAAUCUGAAAAUGGCUGUCUAGCAAUGAUCAACAAUGAACUUGAUAAUGAUGUGCAAAUAUUGUACAAUCCAGGUGUGCAAAGCUCUUAGAGACGUACCCAGAAAGACCCACUGCUGUAAUCGCUGUCAAAAGUGAUUCUAACAUGUAUUGACUCAUGGGGUUGAAUACUUAUGUAAUCAAGAUACUUUUGGCAAUGUAGUGUAUGUGGACACCCCUUCAAAUUAGUGGAUUUGGCUAUUUCAGCCACACCAGUUACUGACAGGUGUAUAAAAGCGAGCAUACAGCCAUGCAAUAUCCAUAGACAAACAUUGGCAGUAGAAUGGCCCGUACUGAAGAGCUCAGUGACUUUCAACGCCAUAGGAUGUCACCUUUCCAACAAGUCAGUUCGCUAAAUUUCUGCCCUGCUAGAGAUGCCCCGGUCAACUGUAAGUGCUGUUAUUGUGAAGUGGAAACGUCUAGGAACAACGGCUCAGCCGCGAAGUGGUAGGCCACACAAGCUCACAGAACGGGACCGCCGAGUGCUGAAGUGCGUAGCGCAUAAAAAUUGUCUGUCCUCGGUUGCAACACUCACUACUGAGUUCCAAACUGCCUCUGGAAGCAAUGUCAGCACAAUAACUGUUUGUCGGGAGCUUCAUGAAAUGGAGCAGUGGAAGCGUAUUCUCUGGAGUAAUGAAUCACGCUUCACCAUCUGGCAGUCCAAUGGACAAAUCUGGGUUUGGCGGAUGCCAGGAAAACGCUACCUGUCCGAAUGCAUAGUGCCAACUGUAAUGUUUGUUGGAGAAGGAAUAAUGGUCUGGGGCUGUUUUUCAUGGUUUGGGCUAGGCCCCUUAGUUCCAUUGAAGGGUAAUCUUAACGCUACUGCAUACAAUGACAUUCUAGACGAUUAUGUGCUUCCGACUUUGUGGCAACAGUUUGGGGAAGGCCCUUUCCUGUUUCAGCAUGACAAUGCCCCCAUGCACAAAGCGAGGUCCAUACGGAAAUGGUAAGUCAAGUUCGGUGUGGAAGAACUUGACUGGCCUGGACAGAGCCCUGACCUCAACCCCAUCGAACACCUUUGGGAUGAAUUGGAACACCGACUGCGAGCCAGGCCUAAUCGCCCAACAUCAGUGCCCGACCACAUUAAUGCUCUUGUAGCUGAAUGGAAGCAAGUCCCCGCAGCAAUGUUCCAACAUCUAGUGGAAAGCCUUCCCAGAAGAGUGGAGGCUGUUAGAGCAGCAAAGGGGGACCAACUCCAUAUUAAUGCCCAUGGAAUGAGAUGUUCGAUGAGCAGGUGUCCACAUACUUUUGGUCAUGUAGCUCAGUUGGUAGAGCAUGGCGCUUGCAAUGCCAGGGUUGUGGGUUCGAUUCCCACAGGGGGGCCAGUAUAGAAAAUGUAUGCACUCACUAACUGUAAGUCGCUCUGGAUAAGAGCGUCUGCUAAAUGACUCAAAUGUAAAAUGUAAUGUAGAGUAUCUGACCAACAGAUGCAUGUGAAAUCCAUAGAUUAGGGCCUAAUGAAUUUAUUUCAAUUGACUGACUGAUUUCCUUAGGAACUGUAAUUCAUUCCAUUUUAAUCCCACCCUGUUAGCACAACAAAAUGUGGAAAAGGUCAAGGGGUGUGAAUACUUUCUGAAGGCACUGUAACUAGCCGUCUUGAAAGCUCACGGAGUUCGUGGGGUUAACCUUCUCCCUCUCUCACGCCUCAGACUGUUGCCUAGCAAUGGGUCCAUUUCCAAAAUAUGUCCCCAAUGCAACAAUGUAACUAAAUUAGUCCAUGCAAGAAAGAGCUAAAAGUAACCAGGAGGUUACAUCUCUAUAUACAGAAUCCCUAGGCCUAUAUUCUCCAUAUGUCCCCAUCUCAUAUUGAUCGCUUGUUUUAGUGCAAAUUGUGUUUUUGUCAGCUGCAGACGCUAGGCCAGUGUAAAUGGAAAAAGCAUGGGAGGUUCAGGACUGUUCCUCUGUCCUCCCGCCCGCUCCAGGCAGGGGGUUGUAGAAGUCUCCAGUGACAGAGCAGAGCCAGCGAGCGCUCCUGUCAGGGCUCUAUCACUCCUUUAUUUAUCACAAGAUAGCAGCCCUCUCUCCCUCGCUCUCCAUCGCUCUCCCUCUCUCUGGCUGCUGUCACUCUGAGUACUGGAGUUGGCUCCCAGAGCUCCCUAGAAGGUCAGAUGGAGCCGAGAGCGGAGCCGUUGUCAGUUUAUUACCAUCACCUCCCAUUCCAAUGAGCAAUGGGAUUUUAAACCUGAGGGGGGCAUUGCUCUCUUCAUAAUAAUAUAAUCUAAUAAUACACGACUUAGUCAUGUGCGCAUACAUUUUUACGUAUGGGUAGUCCCGGGGAUCGAACCCACUACCCUGGCGUUACAAGCGCCAUGCUCUACCAAUUGAGCUACAGAGGACCACAGGUUCAAUUUAAUAUAAAUGUACUAAGUCACACAUGGGAGGCAUGUUGUUUCCCACCUCCGCUAGGCAGCGGUCAUGAUGUGAGGUGUGCUGCUAACAGAGACCCCUCAAACCAUUCUCUGACAGCUGAGUGACAGGUUGAGUUACUUGAGAAACUUGCCCCUCUGUUAAAAUAAUCCUUGAAUUAUCGAUAUAUAUAUUAUAGUUGAAGUCGGAAGUUUACAUACACCUUAGCCAAAUACAUUUAAACUCAGUUUUUCACAAUUCCUGACAUUUAAUCCUAGUAAAAAUGCCCUGUUUUAGGUCAGUUAGGAUUACCACUUUAUUUUAAGAAUUCUUUCAUCACAUUCCCAGCGGGUCAGAAAUGUACAUACACUCAAUUAGUAUUUGGUAGCAUUGCCUUUAAAUUGUUUAACUUGGGUCAAACGUUUUGGGUAGACUUCCAAAAGCUUCCCACAAUAAGUUGGGUGAAUUUUGGCCCAUUCCUCCUGACAGAGCUGGUGUAACUGAGUCAGGUUUGUAGGCCUCCUUGCUCGCACACGCUUUUUCAGUUCUUCCCACAAAUAUUCUAUAUGAUUGAGGUCAGGGUUUUGUGAUGGCCACUCCAGUACCUUGACUUUGAUGUCCUUAAGCCAUUUUGCCACAACUUUGGAAGUAUGCUUGGGGUCAUUGUCCAUUUGGAAGACCCAUUUGCGACCAAGCUUUAACUUCCUGACUGAUGUCUUGAGAUGUUGCUUCAAUAUAUCCACAUCAUUUCCCUUCCUCAUGAUGCCAUCUAUUUUGUGAAGUGCACCAGUCCCUCCUGCAGCAAAGCACCCCCACAGCAUGAUGCUGCCACCCCCGUGCUUCACGGUUGGGAUGGUGUUCUUCGGCUUGCAAGCGUUCCCCUUUUUCCUCCAAACAUAACGAUGGUCAUUAUGGCCAAACAGUUCUAUUUUUGUUUCAUCAGACAAGAGGACAUUUCUCCAAAAAGUACGAUAUUUGUCCCCAUGUGCAGUUGCAAACCGUAGUGUGGCUUUUUUAUGGCGGUUUUGGAGCAGUGGCUUCUUCCUUGCUGAGCGUCCUUUCAGGUUAUGUCGAUAUAGGACUUGUUUUACUGUGGAUAUAGAGACUUUUGUACCUGUUUCCUCCAGCAUCUUCACAAGGUCCUUUGCUGUUGUUCUGGGAUUGAUUUGCACUUUUCGCACCAAAGUACGUUAAUCUCUAGGAGACAGAACGCGUCUCCUUCCUGAGCGGUAUGACGGCUGCGUGGUCCCAUGGUGUUUAUACUUGCGUACUAUUGUUUGUACAGAUGAACAUGGUACCUUCAGGAGUUUGGAAAUUGCUCCCAAGGAUGAACCAGACUUGUGGAGGUCUACAAUUUGUUUUCUGAGGUCUUGGCUGAUUUCUUUUGAUUUUCCCAUGAUGUCAAGCAAAGAGGCACUGAGUUUGAAGGUAGGCCUUGAAAUACAUCCACAGGUACACCUCCAAUUGACUCAAAUGAUGUCAAUUAGCCUAUCAGAAGCUUCUAAAGCCAUGACAUCAUUUUCUUGAAUUUUCCAAGCUGUUUAAAGGCACAGUCAACUUAGUGUAUGUAAACUUCUGACCCACUGGAAUUGUGAUACAGUGAAUUAUAAGUGAAAUAAUCUGUCUGUAAACAAUUGUUGGAAAAAUGACUUGUGUCAUGCACAAAGUAGAUGUCCUAACCGACUUGCCAAAACUAUAGUUUGUUAACAAGAAAUGUGUGGAGUGGUUGAAAAACAAGUUUUAAUGACUCCAACCUAAGUGUAUGUAAACAUCCGACUUCAACUGUAUAUAUAUACUACCGUUCAAAAGUUUGGGGUCACUUAGAAAUGUCCUUGUUUUCCAUGAAAACAUACAUGAAAUCAGUUUGAAUAGGAAAUAUAGCAAAAUGCAUAGGAAAUGUAGUCAUUGACAAGGUUAGAAAUAAUGAUUUUGAAUAGAAAUAAUAAUUGUGUCCUUCAAACUUUGCUCUCGUCAAAGAAUCCUCCAUUUGCAGGAGUCCAUAACACUUUUUUCCAAUCUUCCUCUGUCCAGUGUCUGUGUUCUUUUGCCCAUCUUAAUCUUUUCUUUUUAUUGGCCAGUCUGAGAUAUGGCUUUUUCUUUGCAAGUCUGCCUAGUAGGUCAGCAUCCCGGAGUCGCCUCUUCACUGUUGACGUUGAGACUGGUGUUUUGCGGGUGCUAUUUAAUGAAGCUGCCGGUUGAGGACCUGUGAGGCGUCUGUUUCUCAAACUAGACAUUCUAAUGUAUUUGUCCACUUGCUCAGUUGUGCACCAGGGCCUCCCACUCCUCUUUAUAUUCUGGUUAGAGCCAGUUUGCGCUGUUCUGUGAAUGGAGUAGUACACAGAGUUGUAUGAGAUCUUCCGUUUCUUGGCAAUUUCUCGCAUGGAAUAGCCUUCAUUUCUCAGAACAAGAAUAGACUGACAAGUUUCAGAAGAAAGUUAUUUGUUUCAAUCCAUUUUGAUUCUGUAAUCGAACCCACAAUUGCUGACGCCCCAGAUACUCAACUAGUCUCAAGAAGGCCAGUUUUAUUGCUUCUUUAAUCAGCACAACAGUUUUCAGCUGUGCUAACAUAAUUAAAAAGGGUUUUCUAAUUAUCAAUUAGCCUUUUUAAAAUGAUAAACUUGGAUUAGCAAACACAACGUGCCAUUGGAACACGGGACUGAUGGUUGCUGAUAAUGGGCCUCUGUACGCCUAUGUAGAUAUUCCAUUAAAAAUCAGCUGUUUCCAGCUACAAUAGCAAUUUACAACAUUAACAAUGUCCACUGUAUUUCUGAUCAAUUUGAUGUUAUUUUAAUGGACAAAAAAAUCACGGUAGUGUAUAUGAGAGAGGCCUGUGGUUAAUGUGUCAAAGAAUUCUGUCCAUUUGCCCAUCUGUCUUCAACAGCUACAUUCCAUCUCUGCUGGAGAUCAGUGGGAUUUUGACUGUAUUACAUAUUCGGUAGUAAAGAAGACACUGAUCAUGGCUGUUGCCCGCCCACUCCAUCAUAUACAUACAGACACAGACAUUAGUGCCUCUUGUCACUAGCAGCAUCACAGACCGGAAACGAUGUACUACUGGGCCGUCGAGACAGUGGGAAGAUUACAACCUCUAUCUGUCAUACAAUAAAAACACGUUAUUAACAAUAACAAUUAUUAUUUUUAAGCUUUUCAUGUAAAUCAUGUAAAACAGAUAAAAGAGCAUAGGGCACAAAAAACUCCAUGUUUGCCUGCUCACACACACACAGCUGGCCAGAUCUUCCUCACACCCCCUACUAGGGCUGGGAAUUGCCAGGGACCUCACGAUACGAUUUCAUGGUACUUAGGUGCCGAUACAAUAUGUAUUGCAAGUCUCACGAUGCUACACUGAGUGUACAAAACAUUAGGAACACCUGCUCUUUCCAUGACAGACUGACCAGGUGAAUCCAGGUGAACGCUAUGAUCCUUUAUUGAUGUCACCUGUUCAAUUCACUUCAGAGUAGAUGAAGGGGAGGAGACGGGAUAAAGAAGGAUUUUUAAGCCUUGAGACAAUUGAGACAUGGAUUGUGUAUGUGUGCCAAGACAAAAGAUUUAACUGCCUUUGAACGGGGUAUGGUAGUAGAUGCCAGGCGCACCGGUUUGAGUGUGUCAAGAACUGCAACACUGCUGGGUUUUCCAUGCUCAACAGUUCCCCGUGUGUAUCAAGGAUGGUCCCCCACCCAAAGGACAUCCAGCCAACUUGACAACUGUGGAGGCAUUGGUGUCAACAUGGGCCAGCAUCCCUGUGGAACGCUUUUGACACCUUGUAGAGUCCCUGACGAAUUGAGGCUGUUUUGAGGGCUAAAGGGGGUGCAACUCAAUAUUAGGUGUUCCUAAUGUUUUGUACACUCUGUGUAUAUGUAUUGAGAUUCGAUAUUGCGAUUCGAUGUUCCAAACAUAUUGCUGCAGAGGGACAAGAGAGAGCCAUCAGAAAAUAACUCAUUUUGAUCAGUCAUGGAAAUAAAAGUGCUGAAAACAAAUCGGCUCACUAUUUUCAAAGAAGAUGAAGGAAAAAUACUAUUUACAAGCUAUGAAGGAAAAAUACUGGAGUUUUGGUGCAGGUACAGCUGACUUACGCAAAACUAAUAUUGCGAUAUUGUCAAAUAAUAUCCUGAUAAGUGACAGUAUUGAUUCCCCCCCCAUAACUACUCCCUACAUCAUGCCUCUCAGGGUCACCAAGGCAGCUUAGCACCAGGCAAACUGUCAUCCCCUCAAACCCCCCCUCCCCCUACUCCAAGCCCCUACUCUAGGGUAUUUUAAUCCCCUCUCUUCUCUCUUGACCACAGAGAAGCAACAAUCUCAUCAGUUCCCAUGAAACCCCAUGUGUGGGAUGGUUGUGGUGUAUCUUGUGUAUCAAGGACCUCUCAUUUUGUCUGUACGAUAGCUCUCUCUUAUUAAGUUAAUUACAUUUCCAUCUCUCCAUCUUCUUUUCUUUCUCUCUCUUUUCUCUUUCCUCUGUUAGUUAACCUCCUCUCAAUGACACCCCUAACCUUUUUAACACGCAUGCACGCUCACACAUAUACGCACCUGGCGGUCGGUGCCGUUUUAAGAUUAGGCAGGACAUUUUUAUUAAAUUUUUAUGAUCAUGGCCAUAUUUCUAUUGCAGCAUAUUGGAUGACUGUCAUUCAUAUUCCAUUCACCCAGCUCAAUGUUAGGUUUAGGCUACUACAUGAUACUCAAAUUUGCCCUAAACCCAUCAUGAGGUUGCUACAACCUAGCCUACAAAUGAAAGUUUAUAACUUAGGUCGAGAGACAAAUUGGAAUAAUCAAGGUGACAGACAGUGACACAUUCAAUACCGCCUUGCACACUCUUGCCUGCAUCUAGCUGAUCUAGGGUGUAAUAAUGAUUCCAAACAGUUGCAAAACUAAAUUAGAGUUUCUAUUGGACAAAUUCAGGUAGGUCCAUUCCCAUUUUGUUCCGUUUGCUUUUGUUUAAGAAACGUAUUGCAACAGAAUCGGCAGAAUGAAUACACCCCUGAUCACCCGCACACACAGUUCACUUUCAGCAGCCACAUAAAAACAGCAUCAUCACUUUGCUUGUUGUAUAGUUCCUUCCCGCAUCUACGCGCUCUCCUCCUCUCACAUUUUCCCUUCUCUUGUGGACUUCAGUGCACAACACAACAGCUGUCUGUGACCAGGCGAACAAACCUCUACAAGCCAAACCUUCAUACCAUAACCGCUACACACAGUCUACAUUGUUGUCACCGUAUUAGCUAACAUCAUAGUCAACAUAGCUACUAAAACUAACGCAUUAGUAAACCCACAAUACAAUCCAUGUGUACAAUCACGCAGUACAGUGUACAGCAAUCAGUUUAGCAGUUACACCGGUGAGCCCUGGUGGCAAUAAAUUAAUCAAAACCGAAAGUUUACCUUGACUUGGAAGAGUUGGAGCGUUGGAUAGCCUUAGCCAGCUAGCUAACAUAAAUAACAUUCCUCUCUGAGUCAGGUUGUUGAGUAGGCUAAGUUAGCUGCAUUAGCUAGCUAAGUAAUUGAAAUUGGAAAAAAAUACAACUAAUUAUAGCUCUCUCUCAACUGUUGCCGUUCUUUGUCUUUGAGUCAAUUACUCACCACAUUAUAUUCACUGCAGUGCUAGCUAGCUGUAGCUUAUGCUUUCAGUACUAAAUUCAUGAUCCUUUGAUUGGGUGGGCACGUCAGUUCAUGCUGCAAGAGCUCUGAAGGACGUCCUCCGGAAGUCAUCAUAAUUACUGUGUAAGUCUAUGGAAGGGGUUGAGAACCAUGAGCCUCCUUGGUUUUGUAUUGAAGUCAAUGUACCACAAGGAGGAUGACGGAAAAAGCUGUCCCCUGGCUACAGCAUGGUUCUACCCUACGGAGUGCUGUUGAGGCAACUAUAGACCUUUUUAAUAUUUGGUGACGUGAAUAUAUUUAGUAUAGUUGUAUCUAAAAAUGAUAUUUUUUUGUGUUUCACAAUUUGUAUCUUUCUGAAAUUCACUGAGUAGGAUGGUCCUCCCCAUCAUCCUGUGAGGAGCCUCCACUGACACGCACACACGCUGUUGGCCGCCAAAACGCUUGCUCACCCAUGUGUCAAAUGAACUGGGAAGGCCCAUGAUUUCAUUUCUAUGUGACAACCUUGAGUGACCUCCGCCUCCUGUCAGAGACCUGGGUAGCUGUCAUGCUCAUCGUGCUAUCUCCGGAGACACGUGGCAGGCUGAUGUCAGGGUCUGGCAGUCCCUUCCUUCUCCUCCUCCAUGUGCCUCAACUGCUCCCCCUCCAUCUGGUUGAGCUGAGGCCAGGCCAGGGUACUCUCACUGGUGGUAGGAUUCAAUCUGAGAGCCUCUCUCUCCAUCGGCAGUUAUCAACCUUAUUAGCUCCCUAGCCAGAGGAGAUCACUCACUCACUCACUCUUUUACUCACUCUCACUUACUCUGACCGAUAUUAAAAGCCGUAUUAAUCUUUCAAUCACAGUGAGAGGGAUGAUAAUGAGUGGAUCAGUAUACCAAUGCAGAUUUUCUCUCUACGUCUUCUCUCUUUCUACACACACACACACACACACACACACACACACACACACACACACACACAUACACACAGAGAGGGAGAGUAAUGACUCAUCUGUGGAGACAUACAGCCCAUUACAAUCAUAAUUCAUAUGCAGUAAGUUUUAGUCAUUGAUUGAUUAAUACCAUGAAUGACCACACCUCCGCACACCUUAGGGGGGAAACAAAUAACGUUAGUCGGUCAGUCUUCAGAGUUGCUUGCUGAUGUGAAAGUGUUUAGAGUGGUAGUGAAUGGGAUCAGAAUUGAAAUCUUAACUUGCCAUUGCAUUUAAGAGGCUGUUGCUAGGUCCUGUUUGACUAACAGCCUUAGUUCUGUCAUAGCACCUUCCAUUAGGAGAAUCUGUCAGACGUUCAACUUUCUCCUGUUGCGUUUUAAGGAUAAGUCUUGGUCUGUGAUAUUGCUGUCAAAUCAAAUCAUAUCUUUGGUUACAGGCAGAGCUUGACCUAUGACGUGAGUGAACCCUAAUGGUUCCAAGCAGAGGGGGAUUUCCAGUUGCUCCUUGGCAGAACUUCAGCUUAUCGGUUUGCUUGGAAGUUGGCCUUAGACCUCAGGCGGUCGGAGCAGAGCCCAUCAUUCUUCUUUAGUCUCUCCUCCUUCCUUUUUGUUUUGUUUGAGACCUCAGCUAAAAAUAAAGCUCUAGUUACUUGAGUAAUCAGACAUGAUUCAAGUCCAGCACAGUGUUUACAGGUCCUGAGUGCUGCUGAUGUCUUAAGUGGGUUUGGAAACAUUGUUUCAUAAACACGGAGCUAAAAAAAAACAGCAAGAAAAGAUGCACACAUCCUCAGUUAUUGCCAUCUCACAGAUGCAGUUGCCAUAAUGCUCAUUGUGUUGAUAUUCUAGUCAGUCUGCUAGGCUGCAGUGAAUGCAUAGUGCCAGAGAGAGAGGAGGGGAAAGAGGAAGGGGAAAAAUGGCUUUAGUAUUACAUAUAAUGCUGAGUCUAAUCUCUGGCUCAUAAUAAGAGUGCAGAGCUUUAAAAGGCUGAAUGGUGCUGUGAAUUCUAAUGGGCUAAUAGAGAACAGAGCUGUCUGCUUUCAUGUGCUGCUGGUCCCCACUGGGGAAGCUUUACCUUUCAAAGGAACUUGUCUGUGUGCGUGUGUGUCUGUCUACGUGUCUACGCCUGCUCAGAGAGUGCGAGAAGUGAGGAUAGAAUGAGCAGAAUAAGGAGAGAAGAGAUACGGGAAGGAAGGGAAGAGAAGGAAGUGUGGAAUCCAUUCCCUCUUCCAGGCUGUUUAUGGCAGAUAAAAAGGCAAAAUGUCUGUGUCCACGUUUCAACUUCAUCUGUCCUCUUAAUGACACAGGAUUUCCAUCCUGCGUUUAACACUGUGGAGGUCUGCUUUGCAUCUCUUUGCCUAGCAAAUAAAAGUUAAGGAAGGGACCAAAAAUGUAGGAAAAUGUAGCUUUAACUGUGUGUGUGUGUGUGUGUCGGUUGAAGGGAAAUAAACAUUUUAAAGAGGAGGGCAGGCGUCAUCUCCCUGAGCGUCAGUGUCCAAUUUCCCAGAGUACAGUUUCAAAGGGAAAGGCAGUGCAGCAGAUCUCACGCAGCCCUCAGAUAAGAGUCCCAGAGGAGCGCUGGUACUGGAGCUCAUAACCCAGCUAAGCCCAGGGCAAGGCAGCCUGCUCCGCUCUUUUUCACAAGCCCAAUACAGAGCCAGCAGCAGGGGGCCAGGGCAGGGCUGGGCAGGGGCCACUUCAAAGCAGGCCAGUAUCUCUGUCUGCCUCCGAGGCACACUGUGUGGCUCUAUCACUGGCAUCAUACUGUCUGCUCUCAUUUUCCCCUGAGUUGACUGUCAAAAAGUGAAGCCAAAUUAUUGAUGUACCCUUGUGGACAUGCACUAGUUUCCUAUCCAAGUUGAUAUUAUUUGAUUGUUUGAUGUUUUAUUUUAGUUCUAUCUCAAUUGCUAUUGCUAGGACUGCCACUAUAGCCAUUUCUGAAAUUCCAUUUCACCCAAGAUGUGUUCGAAUGCCUACAGUAUAUCAAGUAAUAAUUAAUAAACCCUCUGCAACCUUUUUAAUGAGUUUUUGAUUAAUGCGUGUGUGUUCUCGCGUAUGCAUAUGAGAGUGUGUGCAUGUGUUUCUGUGUGUCCGUGUAUGAUGUGUGUGUGUGCAGCAUACUUCUCUCUGGCUGCUGUGUUUACUCAGUGUGGUGAAUGGGAGGUAGAGCGACUGGAACACGUGAAGGUAUCAAAGGCAUUUCUGUGGGGGGUGGGUAACAGUGUUAAACCACUGCCUGCUGUUCUGGUAUGUGCUCUGAUUUAGGAAACGCAUGGAGGGGGGUUGGGGUGCAGGGGGCAGGGGGAAAGGAGGAAUGCUCCCUGUAGUGAUGAAUAGGAGGGAAACUACUGUAGGCUUCAGAAUGGCUCCAGAAGUGACCGCUGUGUGACUGUGUGGCGGGAUAUUUAUGGUUCAAUUAAAUCCCCCAUUAAUACUCUUACUACUGUUCUGACAGAGUAUGACUUCCCAUACAAUAGAUAUAAAAAAUGUAGCCUGGGCCCAUACUGUGCUGUAGCCAACUCAAGCAAUACAUAUUUAGCAUGACACAGAGAGGAGUUGGCUGAAGCACGAACUGACUGGACCACCAGGCUAUUAAAGGGGCUGUUCACUCGGUGAUAUGAGUGUUAGAGGUACAGUUGAAGUCGGAAGUUUACAUACACCUUAGCCAAAUACAUUUAAACUCAGUUUUUCACAAUUCCUGACAUUUAAUCCUAGUAAAAAUUCCCUGUCUUAGGUCAGUUAGGAUCACCACUUUAUUUUAAGAAUGUGAGAUGUCAGAAUAAUAGUAGAGAGAAUGAUUUAUUUCAGCUUUUAUUUCUUUCAUCACAUUCCCAGUGGGUCAGAAGUUUGCAUACACUCAAUUAGUAUUUGGUAGCAUUGCCUUUAAAUUGUUUAACUUGGGUCGAAUGUUUCAGGUAGCCUUCCACAAGCUUCCCACAAUAGGUUGGGUGAAUUUUGGCCCAUUCCUCCUGACAGAGCUGGUGUAACUGAUUCAGGUUUGUAGGCCUCCUUGCUCGCACACGCUUUUUCAGUUCUGCCCAUACAUUUUCUAUAGGAUUGAGGUCAGGGCUUUGUGAUGGCCAAUACCUUGACUUUGUUGUCCUUAAACCAUUUUGCCACAACUUUGGAAGUAUGCUUGGGGUCAUUGUCCAUUUGGAAGACCCAUUUGCGACCAAGCUUUAACUUCCUGACUGAUGUCUUGAGAUGUUGCUUCAAUAUAUCCACAUACUUUUCCUUCCACAAAAUAGAUGAUGCCAUCUAUUUUGUGAAGUGCACCAGUCUCUCCUGCAGCAAAGCACCCCCACAGCAUGAUGCUGCCACCCCCGUGCUUCACGGUUGGGAUGGUGUUCUUCAGCUUGCUAGGCACCCCCUUUUUCCUCCAAACAUAACGAUGGUCAUUAUGGCCAAACAGUUAUAUUUUGGUUUCAUCAGACCAGAGGACAUUUAUCCAAAAAGUACGAUCUUUGUCCCCAUGUGCAGUUGUCCCCAUGUGGUCCUCUGUAGCUCAGCUGGUAGAGCACGGCGCUUGUAACGCCAAGGUAGUGGGUUCGAUCCCCGGGACCACCCAUACACAAAAAAAAAAAUGUAUGCACGCAUGACUGUAAGUCGCUUUGGAUAAAAGCGUCUGCUAAAUGGCAUAUUAUUAUUUAUUAUUAUUAUAUAUUAUAUUAUUAUUAUGGCGGUUUUGGAGCAGUGGUUUCUUCCUUGCUGAGCGGCCUUUCAGGUUAUGUCGAUAUAGGACUUGUUUUACUGUGGAUAUAGAUACUUUUGUACCUGUUUCCUCCAGCAUCUUCACAAGGUCCUUUGCUGUUGUUCUGGGAUUGAUUUGCACUCAGGAAGGAGACAAAACGCGUCUCCUUCCUGAGCGGUAUGACGGCUGCGGGGUCCCAUGGUGUUUAUACUUGCGUACUAUUGUUUGUACAGAUUAACGUGGUACCUUCAGGUGUUUGGAAAUUGCUCCCAAGGAUGAACCAGACUUGUGGAGGUCUACAAUUUGUUUUCUGAGGUCUUGGCUGAUUUCUUUUGAUUUUCCCAUGAUGUCAAGCAAAGAGGCACUGAGUUUGAAGGUAGGUCUUGAAAUACAUCCACAGGUACACCUCCAAUUGACUCAAAUGAUGUCAAUUAGCCUAUCAGAAGCUUCUAAUGCCAUGACAUCAUUUUCUGGAAUUUUCCAAGCUGUUUAAAGGCACAGUCAACUUAGUGUAUGUAAACUUCUGACCCUUCUAGAAUUGUGAUACAGUGAAUUAUAAGUGAAAUAAUCUGUCCGUAAACAAUUGUUGGAAAAAUGACUUGUGUCAUGCACAAAGUAGAUGUCCUAACCGACUUGCCAAAACUAUAGUUUGUUAACAAGACAUUUGUGGCGUGGUUGAAAAACAAGUUUUAAUGACUCCAACCUAAGUGUAUGUAAACAUCCGACUUCAACUGUAUAUGACCCCUGUGGUCUGUGUUCCUGUCUCCUCACCCAGGCUGUGAGGACAUUGUGGUGGAGAGCCUGUCCCUGGACUGCCUGGUCCCCAUCCUGAAGUGGAGCUCUCAGCCCUAUGGCUCUAAGUGGGUCCACCGCCAGGCCCUGCACUUCCUGUGUGAGGAGUUCAGCCAGGUCAUGACCUCUGACGUACUCUACGAGCUCAGCAAGGAGCACCUGCUCACAGCUAUCCAGUCAGACUACCUACAGGUGAGACCCACGCCGCUGUCUGUGUGAUUGGACUGGAUGUAUCUCCACAGAGUCCAAAGAUCAUAUCCUGUCUAGGGAUGGGCAUGAGUAAUCGAGUACUCGAACGGACGUACAAAACCUGAUUUUUAAGCAGAGAUCACUUUUCCUUUUCAAAUACUGUAAAACUAUUUGGUGGAAUGUGCUUUGUGUCUGCCCAAUGGGCAAGUGAAAUGUUGUCCCAAAAGAAAAUUACAUAUUGUCCUGAAGACGACGUUAAUUUGCUUUGACUCUAGUGUUCCAUUUGUACAUGUGCAUUUGCGGGGUACAACAAAAAAGAAACCAAGCCAAGCAUCACACAGUUCUUCUCCCUAAAUUCCCUUUCCCCUCUGUUUCUCUCUCACUCAAUUGCGUUCUGAACGCUCCCUCAACACACAAGCUCCCGUUAGGCCUGAAUAAAUAAAUGCCUAUAAAAACAUAUUUAACUGAUGGGAUACACAAGCCACAUUCCUUGCCAAAUGACGUCAGCUUUAUCACAAAUUGAAGUUGGGAAAAUGUGUUUCAACAAUGAGCUGCAGUUUUGGAAUAAUUGCAUCCUGUCUAUUUUCUGCUUAGGCUACUUUGUGAACUGCUAGUGCCAUUUAGAAUUGGUUAGCCUAGGCUAUAAGCCCCCUAAACAUACAGGUUCCACACUGAAAAUACGCAAACACAUUAGUUUGAUAAAGACUGAGCGUAGGCCUACUCACCAAACUGAUGGCGUAGCCAUAAUUCAUCCACAUGCCGUGUUCAAUGUGGAAUUGUUAAUUCAUUUGGAAAAAUCCAAAGAACAGGCGGAAUAUAUAUCGAAAAGAAAACCGAUUUUGGUUUGUAACCCUGAAAUAAUUGUCUUUCAACUUGAUUCCUGUUUCAAAUUAUCACUCAUUGAGAAUAAUUGUUCCAGACGUGAGAUGCGCAUCACUUCGCACUGGAAAAAUAUUAUGUUCUAUUUUAGUCUGUUAUAUUACAUCAUGUUUUUUUACUAUAACAUAGGUGUGUCUUGACUGUGAAUAGGGCUCUGGAAAUAAGAGCCUCUUGUCUGCUAAAUUAACAAAACAAGGCUAUGCCAUUGCACCAUAGGCUUCUAUAAGCAAGCGCCAAUGCGGAGGUUACUGCUGAGGUUACUGCCUUUUUGAAGAUUGUGUUCCACAAUAUAAUAUAACCAGUUGAUAUUACGGUUUCAAUAAAUUAAUCUUAAAUGGCAUUUGUUUUUUUAUUGACUGAAUGUAUGUAUGUUUGGGGCAAUUUAGCAAUUAGGAUUUGUUAUCUGUAAUGGUUAUGAUAAAUUAGGUAUUGUUGCUCACUGUUGGCAUAUAUUUUUCCACUCGUACUAUGCCAGUACUUGAACAGUCAAAACAUGUCAAAUGCCCAUCCCUAAUCCUGUCCAAAUGACGCUGUAGUCAGUGCUUUGAUUACAAUGGCUGACUAGGCAGCUAGGGCAUGAUUGGUUUGACAAAAUUAUUUAGUGAAGAGUGGCAACACGCACACAGAUGCAUAAACACAAACCCAAACACACAGGGUCUGGAGCACAGACAGUGAGAACAUUCCCUGGAGGCAUUGCCUUCUAACAUGGCCUCUAAUUGAAGCUGAGCUCUGGUCUGCUCUGUUGUGCCAAGCUCCCUGGGUGUCACACAGGACGGCUGAGGUGAAACGCUGUAAUCCAAUCAGACAAAUACAACUCUCAGCUACAACUACACCAUGUCACACCAUCAACCAAAUAUUCAAGUCUCCUCACUGAACCGCCUCUUCAGAUGUUGCUCCACACUGCAAUGUUUAACCUUUCCUUUCCUUUCCUUCCCUAUCACCAUCCCCCUCUCAUCCCGCUAUCUUUUUUCUCUCGCACCCCUCCCCUGCCCUCUUCUCUCUCACAGGCGAGUGAGCAGGACAUUCUCAAGUACGUUGUGAAGUGGGGCGAGCAGCAGCUUAUUAAGAGGAUGGCAGACAGGGGUAAGAUGAUACACUCUAUAAUUACCCUCCGAGCAAGCCUUCUAAUGGCUCUUGGAAAAUCACCCACUUACAGUACCAGCGCCUCCAAAAUACACUCUAAAAGACUAUAAAAGAAGCCAAGUUUUAUCCUUAAAAUGGGAGACUCUGAAGCACCUCGAUCGUAGAUUGCAGUAUUUUGUUUUUGUGUGACUCUGAACCCAACUGAAAAUACUGUAUCAUAAAAAAAUAACGAGUGUGUGUGUUGGCCUUACUAACCAUAUAAUUAUAUAUAGAGUCCCUACUAACUGUGUGUGUUUUGGGGGCGGGUUCUUUUCCCAGAGCCCAACGUGCUGAGCGGAACAGCCCACAGCGUGAACAAGCGGGGGGUGAAGAGGAAGGACCUGGAUGUGGAGGAGCUAAAGGAUAUCCUGUCACCCCUGCUUCCCUUCAUCCGCACCGAGCACAUCCUCCCUGCCAACAGCGACGUCCUCUCUGACACGGUUAGUAGUCAUGGAUGAUGCGUCAUAUGGAUGUUUCAAUACAGUUUCUGCUGCCAAUACAUAUUGUGCAAUCAAUCUAUCGAUCUAUCAUGGAUGCCCUAUUAAUGGCUUAGUUGUUGAUUGACCUGUCCUUCUGGGUGUGUUCUCUUUAAAUGACCCACUUUCCAUCCACAGACAAAGAGGGGUCUGAUCAGCACCCCUCCCUCGGACAUGCUGCCCACGACUGAGGGGGGCAAGGCCAACUCGUGGUUACGGCAGAAGAACGCUGGCAUCUAUGUGCGACCACGUCUCUUCUCUCCCUACGUGGAGGAGGCCAAGGUAGGACACUCCACAUCUAGGGCUUAAUGACAAUCAGCACGGUUAACAGAGAGCAUUUUAUCUCUCUUCUAUCUCAUCUCUAUGAGAGGGUUUGGGCCAGGGUAUGACAGACUCCUAACCCGUCUCCUUCUCCCCUCAGUCUGUGCUGGAUGAGAUGAUGGUGGAGCAGACAGAUCUGGUGCGUCUGCGUUUGGUGCGCAUGUCCAACGUGCCCGACACCCUCUACAUGGUCAACAACGCCGUGCCACAGUGCUGUCACAUGAUCAACCAUCAGCAGAUGGCCAGCAAGCAGACCACCGCCCCAUCCGUGGUAGCCAAUGAGAUCCCAGGUAAGAGGAGAAGACUGGUGCCAAUAAGGAAGCCAUUUUGUAUAACAUAUUAGAAACAUUGACAUGGUCCACUAAUCCUCUGUGUGUCGGUCUGUGCUGUCAGUACCCAGACUGGCGGUGGUGAAGGAGAUGAUCCGGAGGCUGCAGGAGCUGAGUCACACAGACCAGGUCCAGAGGGCCUAUGCUCUCAACUGUGGCGAGGGGGCCACCGUCAGCUAUGAGCUGCAGCUGCGUGUGCUGAGGGAGUUCGGCCUGGCGGACGGGGCCACUGAGCUACUGCAGGUGAGGGGAAACACCCUUGGGUACAGGGAGGACUAGGCUGUAGACUUGAUAGAGGGAGACCUCAGUCCUAAAGACCUUCGCCCUGAAAGACAAAAGUAUAUCUCACUUAGUGUACUAUGUAAUGACUUGUGUGUGUUUAUAGUAGAAGGUUUUUGGGAUACUAAAUGUUUUGUUUGUUUAUUCUCAGAACCCUUACAAGUUCUUCCCAGAGGAGCGUUUUGGAGACGAGAGUCCUGUUCUGGCCCUGCGCCAGGCGGGUCGUUGUCGGGUCAACAGCAGCCCAGCGAUGGACAGCAUGUUCUCAGACCUGGAGGGCAUGGCUGGGUUUCACCCCCCGCUGCCUCCCCCUCCACCCCCGUACCACCCCCCUGCCACCCCCAGCCAUGCCCAGCUGAAGGGGGCCUGGAGGCCCCGUGUGCCCAUCCCACCCCCCACCCGCUCUUUCUCUUACCCCUGUAACCACACCCUGCUCCAGCUCCACACUACAGCCAAGCAUGGCAGCCCAGACUACCCCUCCGCCCCUAGGCCUCCACCUCCAGACUGCAGCAACCCCCAGGCCAUGGGCCGAGCCCUGCUCGCAGAACCACAGGUGAAGGUCAACAUGUCAUGCUGUGUUUGUGUUGCUUUUGGUCAUUGUAGCUGUAGAAGUGUAUUGUGCUGUGGUCAUGUAUAGCUCUAACUAGCAGUGUUUGUGUGCUUCUGUCUGUCUCUCCAGCUGAGCAUGGAGCCUGUGAUGAGGGAGUUCAUGCCUGACAUCGCUCUGGGCGUCUCUGUCAUGACCCUGAGGGAGCACCAUAUGGUGGACAGGGACGGUCACAACCCUCACGGCCCCAUGGCCUCACACCUCCCCCCUGGACCCUGUCCCUCCACUCGCCUCAGCCUCGGCCAUGGUCACUCCUGUAAGAGGCACGCUCCAGAGCCUAAGCUGGAGGCCCAGGCAGAGUUCCCUGACCUGUAUGACUUCUCCUGCCGACCAACCACCGCAACCUCCAGCCACCCCCUGCCCCCCUACGCAGGGCCAGACCUCUACAGCCACAGUCGCAGCUCCUCCAGCAGCCUCCCUCCAUCUUACGUGUCUGACACCCAGGGACAGGCAGCCGAGGCACGCUCGGACCCCCUGCGCCUGGAUGUCCUAGGCCUGCCACCCCAGCGGCAGGAUGGAGCUCUGGCUAAUUCCUCUGGUCCCCAGGCCGAGGCAGGACACGUCCCCAGAGGACGAUCAAACAAUGAGACUGACCUUACUCACGGUCUUGGCCACUUGUGUGGCUCCCCAAGUGGAAACCUAGAUGGGUAUGAGGAGCGGUCGUCGGCCCACAGGGAAGGCCCGAAGGAGAUGGGGGUUACUGGCGAGUCCCCAGGUGCAGGGGCCCAGCAGCCUCAUAGGAACAGUGUUAGCGAGGAGGCUAACAGAGACCACAGGUCACCCAACAACCCUGAUUACCCUUACAAGAAGUCUGCACUAUAA